AUGUUUGCCGGUUCUGUGGCUACAGUGACCACUGGUUUACUACUUCAGGACAAGAUAUGUAGCCUGCUAGGCAUGUUUAUAUUUCUGUUUCACAAUCGCAACAGUACACUGUUGGGAGCGAUUCCAUCAGUGAUUUGGUCCCUAUUUAUCGGUGCAUUUACUGACAAAUUCCUGAACGGACGCAAAAUUGUAAUGUGUUUAUCGAGUCCAUAUUAUCUACUCUUGACUUCAUUGCCGGCUCUGUUCACUGGCGGUGGCUUUGGCUCAAUAAUGGCAGUCUAUUCUUACGCUUCAGUUCAUACAAGUGAAAAGUUUCGUUCAAUACGUUUUGCGAUCAUUGAAUUCAGCUUUUUCUUAGGCAUUCCUUUGGGAACAUACGUUGGUGGACAGCCAAACAGUGGUGAUGAGAGACAAAUACUGGUAGACAAUGAAGUACUCGACGCCAAUUCCAACAAAAGAACCACAUCUGAAGUG